GGCCUUCGCCGGCGAGGCGGGCCGCCCGCGCCACGCGCUGCCCGCGCCACGGGUCGCCCGGGCCGCGAGGGCCACGGGCAGGUCGCGGCGCUGCCCGGACAACCUGCCCGGCGGCUCGGAGAGCUGUGGGUGAAGGACGCGGACGCCGAACCCAGGCCAUUCUACGGCUGGAGCUCGGAGCUUGGCAGGUGGGUCGAGUGGCCACGGGACGGGCUCAAGAAGUGGUGGCAGCAGCCGGGGUACCUGACGCCGAACGGGUACCGCCAGAAUCCCGUCUGGAACAUCAACGACUACAACCUGUGCGUCCUCGAGACCCGCUUCGCGAAGCUGGAGGCCCGCCUGACGCAGAAGCUGAAGGCCAGCGGCAUGACGAUCGAGGAGAUCCGCGCGAGGUCGGAGACCUUCGAGUUCCUAGAGUCGCCGGACAGGCCCAAGGUCACGGACAAGAUGAUGUACCUGCUGCAGGUCAAGGCUCUGCACGACGGCAGGGAGGACGAGCUGAUCGACCUGCGGGACGGCGUCUCGGCGUUCCUGAAGGGAGCGGCGCCACCACAGGCAGACGGCUCCGACCCGGUGUGGAAGGACAUCUGGGGUGGAACCGCAGCAGGCGAGAAUGUGGUGUGGAAUAAUAAGUUGCCCGGGUAUUCCCGUGCGGAUUACGAGAGGGCGACAGGGAAGAAGGUCAAGUACAAGAAGACUGGAUCGGACUGGUACGACGACUACCUGUCGAAGGGCGUCGACGAGCCCGCCGACACGUACCGGCCGAGCUAUGAUGAUAAAAAGGCUGAGAGAUAGGAGUGGCCGGGGACGCGCAAGAGUGACCCUUCGCGGGGGUGAGCUUUGCGCCCCCCCCCUCUCCAGCUUCGCCUUCUCCGCCCUCAGCGCGCGACUGUGUCACCUCCUUCUUCGCUCUCGCCCCGCCCUCGCGGUGGCCAAAGGCCAAAGGGUCACCAAUGGGAAAACGCGCACUCGGGCGGAAUCCGCGGUGACCUUUUCGCCUCGCCCGGCGUCGGGGCUGGAGGGCCCCACCGGCGCCCGCGGUUGUGCGUGGUGGCCGGCGGCACAAGAGACAACUUUUUUCAUGGAGGCGGGUCGCGGACGGCCGCCUCAGCAGCACGCGACGCCUCAAAA